CACCUAGACCUUGGAAAUGGAUAGGUCUUUAUUAUUGCCUGGAUAUUAGAUAUAUUCAUUCGAGUUCAAAGUUUAGUGUUGGUGAUCUUUCAUAUGGUGCAAUUGGUGAAGCACGCUGUUUUGAGAACACGAUGGUGAAAACAUUUGCUUUACUUGUUCUCUUGGCAAAUCUGGUGGUGUUGAAUUGUCAAGAGGAGGUUAUACAACUGGAACAAGAAUUGAAGCAUGAUUCUUCUAAUACUGAAAAUCCAAGCUAUUCGUUCAGCUACGGCGUAUCCGAUUCUCGAACUGGAGAUAUAAAGGCAGUAUGGGAAAAAAAGGAAGGUGACACUGUCAAAGGUCACUACAGUGUGGUAGAGCCAGAUGGCUCGAUGAGAACUGUAGAAUAUUCAGCUGGACCAAAUAGUGGAUUUCAAGCAGUAGUCAAUAAUCCAGGAGUACCACAAUCAAAAAGUAGUCAAAGUUUUAUUGAAGAAAAAACCUUAAAAGGAUACGACCACGACUUUGAUUUCUCAGAAGAUGCAGAUGAAGAAGAUAUUUACGAAAGUAUACAUAAAAAACGAGGACCUCAUCCUAUAAGUAGAUUUAGAGAAGCUCCCAUGAAAAAAAGGCCGAACUAUAUUCCCGAUCAAGAAUCUAGUGAUUAUACACACACUUAUUCUAUCAAACAUCCCUUUGAUGAAUCAAUGUCGGCCAGUGAAUCUCACUUUGGUUAUAGCACCGAUGCAAAUUGCAAGACAAAAAAGAAAAACAAAUUCGCCAAUAUGUAUACUAGUGUCGCUGAUUUAGAAUUAACCAAACAAAAGUACCCAUCAUUUACAGAUUCAUUUAAGGACGAUUUUGGAAAACCAGAUUCUCUUUAUGAUUUUGAAAAAUAUGCUCCAUCUUAUAAAUUAGGCAUCAAAGGUCCUAAAUAUGAUGAUGAUAAAAUGUCCGUGUCAUCUAUGAAACAUAAUUAUCCUGCAUUACCGGAACUGAAUUCUCAAGAUAGUUACUACCCAGCAGAACGUCCUACUCGACCAAAAAAGAAACAUAAGCCCUUAAAGACCCCUGAAUAUUUCAGUGAUAACCUUGACGAUUAUAUUUUAGUACCAAAAAAGAAACUUAAAAAUCCAACCAGAUUUAGUGAGCCUAAUGAAUAUUUGCCUGAUAUAGAUGAUGACUUUUCAUCCCAAUAUUAUAAUGAUGAUGACCGUGAUAAAUUUCGUCCAUCUCGUUUAAAACCACGACCUGAACUAUUUGCUGACCAAAGUGCCCCUAAGGAAAUAAUUCGAAAAAUAGUAAAGAAGAAAAAACCAGUUGUGAAUAUUUUAGAAAUGUUUGAUAUUUAAUUGCAUUUCACUACUGUAUAUAAUACAAAUUAGGGUACAUUUCAAAUCUUGACUGUAGCAAAACAAAAUUGAUGAAUAAAAUCUGAGACAAUGUUAAGUCUUUUGACAUAUUAAGAGAAUAACAGAUAAUGUAUAUAAAUACACAUUUUUGUUAAAUUUAAAACCUGAAAUACAUGUCUUUUUUUAUAAAUUAUGUAAUAGCUAGCAGCUAAGUAAGUAGAAUAUAAAU